CCUCUUACCUUCAACAACAAUUUAACCUUUAAUUUGAUUGUAAAACCAAACUGAUUAAGUGUCACAUGUUUACUACAUUUAGUGUAAUCAUUUAACCGUUUUGAUUUGGUUCUGAUUUGUGAUUCUCUUUAAUUUCUUUCCGUUGAUUGUCAAGUUAAUUGUUUCCAAGAAAAACAUUUCUCCCAUUAAUUGUCAUGUGUGUUAAUUGUCAGUGUUUUAAUUUUCUUCAAUUUUAAUCAUCGAAAUUAGUUAAUUUCUCUCUAAUCUAUUGAGCUUAACUUGAACCAUUUCGAUUUACUCUCAACAAUAGUGAUUAUUGUUUGGGUGUUUUAAUUUACUUCUUUUCUUUUUGUUGACUUUUAAACGCAACAAUUUAUUAAUUGUCCAUCAUCAUAAACUUGUCAUAAUUAUUACAAUGGCGAAUAUAAAUAAUCACAUUGAUAAAAGUUCCCAAUCAUCUUUACCUUGGCGUGAAGCUGCUUCGCUAAUUAUGGUUACCAGAGCCUCGAUUCCUCAAAUUGUUGGAUCUAAUUUAAGUGACAAUAUGAUUGCUACUUCUAGGGUUUUACCUUCAUCUUCAUCAUCUGUCACACCUACAACAAUUAAUAGUAAAUCACGAAGUAAAUUGUUACCCAAUUCUGUUGAUUAUCGUGUUCUUAUGGUUAAAAGGAGUAAUAUCGCUUCCUUUUUAGCUUCGGCUUUUGUUUUCCCUGGGGGCAAAGUUGAUUCAUCUGAUUUCUCACCUGAAUGGUGGUCAAUCUUCAACGAUUCUUGUUCCCUUAAUCAACAACAAUUAGUGACCACAAUCAGAGACCGGACCAAAGGAGGUCCAAGACCCCCAAUAAUCACUUCACCAUUAACUAUGCCUUCGCCCACCGAGCAAUUAAAUACCUCAAGUCCACUUCCACCCGAUCUUUCAUUAAGAAUUACAGCAAUUCGUGAAACUUUCGAGGAAACAGGUGUCCUCUUGUUAACUAAUAACUACCAAUCAAGUAAUACAAAUGGUCCGAGUAAUUUAACAACAUCAUCAGUUGAUCUUUCCGAGUGGAGGGAAAAAGUUCAUUCAAAUGGAUUGGCCUUUAUUGAAUUGUGCCGAUUACUUGGCCAAUCGCCGGACAUUUGGUCAUUAUACGAAUGGUGGGACUGGUUAACACCGAAAUCGGUUGGACAUCGACGAUUCGACACAAUGUUCUACCUUUGUUGCCUCGAUAAACAACCGAACGUAGUUGUUGACAAUAAAGAGGUGACAACGUUAAAGUGGUGUUCACCUAACGAAAUGCUGAGCGAACACGCUGAAGGGAAUAUAUUUCUCGCUCCACCUCAAGUGUACGAAUUAUCUCGAAUUGAAAAUCUUCCUAAUUAUAAGUCGAUUCGUUCGUUUGCCUCGAAGAGAGAAAAUUUAGGAAUCGAACGAUGGUUACCCGUCAUUUCGACCUUUAUUGACGGAGCGAUUUCUUUUCUACCUGGAGAUGAUUUCUAUCCCUCUCAACCCGAUUACACUGGAACCGAGCCUGUUGAUGAUAACGAUGAAUCGCUUGACGAUUCACGAAUCAAAUGUUCACAAUACAAUCGAUUGGAGCUUCGAGGACCAAUUUGUACCUGUUUGGUUAACAUUAAACUAUCCUGUGGUCAUUUAGUACCAACUUUAACGGAAACAUUAUCCUCAUCAUCGUCUCCGUCCGUUAAAUCAAUGUUAUAAUCGUAAUUGUUUAAUUUUGAUUAUUCAAUUAAUUUGGUUCAAGUUCAAAACAAAAGCAAACUGUCAUCAUUACCAAAUCUAUUUAUUAUCUAAUCAAAUUGAUCAUCCAUCAUCACAAUCUUCAUCUUCUCAUCACCAUUUAAUUACAAAUCAACUGGAUUCCCAAUCAAUUUUUAAUUGUCUGUCUAAAUCAAUGAUUUAGCAAGAAAAAUGAAGCGUCAAAACCAUUGACGAAAUCAAAUCAUCCAAUCAAUUGGUGUUAGUGAUACUUUCCAAUCAGUUAAUUAGCAACACUUACAAUCAAAGCAAUUGGAUGUAAAUGUUACAUCAACUUUAGAGUUAAUUUUUUUUUUUUCAA